AUGAGCAGCAGCGAGAAGAGCCCCCUUCUGCAAAACGACCAGGGGAACAACACCCAAAGUGCAGAUGGGAAGGAGAAGCUGGAGGAGAAGGUGGGGAGCAGCGACGCGGACUCGGGGGUAAAGUUCGCGACGAGGAGUGACUUUACCAACGAGAUGAGAAGCGAGGGUAGAAGUGAAGGUAGAAGUGAACGUGGUGAAGAACGCGGUGAAGAACGCGGCGGAGAACGCGGCGGUGAACUUGAUGGCAAGGGAAAACCUCGGGAGGCGAAUAAGCGGAGGCCGAAAAAGGACGCCUCCGAGGAGUCCUACGGGAGCUCCAUGAGUCUGCUCUCCCUCAGCGACGUCGGAAGGGCGGGCGAGGUGAAGCGGAGGAGCGAAAAGAAAACACAUAAAAGGGGUAGCAGCCACAAGGUGAGGAGGCACAAAGAUAGGGGGGAGAAGCGGAGGCACAGUAGCAGCGACGGUAGCAGCGAUAGCAGUGAUCGAAGCGACAGCAGCGGAGAAAGCCUCUCCAGUCACCAUAGCCGAGAUGGAAAGGAUCGCAAAAGGAAGGGCGUUACGAAGGAUGUGAAGAAGGGGAAGCACAAGGCGGGGGCUGCAGUCGGGGGAGGGUACAGCAAGCUGAGCAGCUUCUCCCUCUCCAGCAGCGACACCGAUGAUGAUUUGGAGUUGGAGAGCAUAAGCGACUUAAAUUACAAGCCGCACAGUGGCAGGCGGCAAAAGAAACUACAGAAGAAGGUGAAGAGUGAUCGCCUUUCUAGUAAGAAACACCACCAUAGGUAUGAUGAAGAGGAGGAGCAGCAGCAGCAGCGGGAGGGGAGGAAGGGCUCGGCGAAAUACACGAAGAAAAAAAACGGAUCAACCAGGGGAGAAAGCAGAGAGGUCUCCUACUCAGUCAGUCUAAGCUCGGAAGAAGAGUCCAAGAAGAGAAAGAAAAAAAAAAAAAAGUUGGCAGCCGAUCGAAGUGGGAGAAGGCCCAAACGUGGGAGCAGCGAGGAGCACACGUAUACGCAUAACUCGAGGGGCAACGUAGGGGAGUCCGAAGCGGAGGAGCACCAUAACCAUCGCCACAACCACCACCGCAACCACCACCGCAACCACCACCAUGAUGAUGAUGGUAGGAGCCCGCUUGGCAAAAAACACCCGCAGAAAGGCACCGCGAAGGGGCAUGCCAACGCCCUGGAGGGGGACCCCAAACGGGGGGGCGAAAAAAGACGCGCGGAAAAAAAAAAAAAUAAAAUAAAAAAAACAAAUAAGGCAAGUAAGGCGAACCGAAACGGACGAGGAAGUGAUGCAGAUGAAUAUGAGUCAACUACGGAGUCCUCCUCCGCCGAGGUGAAUUCUCGAUCGAGUCCUCUCCCCUCGCGUAAAAAGAGAAGGGCCUCCUUCAGUGAGGCUCAGUCUGCAGAUUUAGCCGUUUCGGUUAGCAGUGAAGAGCGCUUUCGAGCCAAAGGAAGGAUGCCGCAUGAUGGCACCGUCAUGGUGAGAGACAAACGGGAGCGGACUGGAGGGAGGAAGGCACCGGGUGGCAUUCACCAAAACUUUGAUGAGGACGAUGAGGUUGACGAUGACGAUGAUGCGUUUUUGCAUCCCAGGAUGAAGAGAGGAGACCCCUACAGGGAGGGCAGACCAAAAAGGGCAGAAGAGGAGGAGGUACCCAGGUUUAGGGAUCGAGAGUGGCAACCCUAUGGAGGAACCCACCACCGGGAAUUUGAAAAAGAAAGAAAGGAGCAUGCAGGGGGGGGCAGCCACAUGGAGCGUGGCCACAUGCAGUACUGCCAAAUGGAGAGCAGUCUCAUGGCGCCGCCCUACCGGCACCGCAACCACGGCUCGAUGGAGCACAAAAAAGACGUGGCCAUCCUGAUUAAGAACAGAAGACACGAGUACCUCCCAGAGCAUGGCGACCACUGCUUCGAUGAGGUUAGGAGCCCCGGUGGGCUGAUCGACCGGGAGAAGACCUGCCCCUUCCUUCUGCGCUUGUUCUAUAAGCUAGACGACGAGUACAGUAACGUGGAAGACGUCAAACUCUGCAAAAAAAGCGGCGUGCAGAGCAACGAGCUGCAGAUUUAUGGCUGGCUGGACAUCACCAUGCGGGAGAUAGUAACGCUCGUUAAGGACUUCUAUCAGGAGAGCCGGAAGAGGGACGCCCACUGGGUCUUCAAGGUGUAUUCAAACGAGCGGAAGGAACUCACCUUCCUGUCGCGCGUCCACAGCACCAAGCACAAUUACCGGGAGGACAACAAGACGCUGCUCUCCCUGGACUAUGAGAUCGGCGACAUCCUCCUCCUCUCCAUCAUGUUUGAGCGGUGUGAAGCGGUGUGA